AUGAAUAUACUUGAUUUACCUAAUGAAAUUUUAUUUAUUAUUUUUCAAAAAUUGGAUAUGAUUGAUGUAUUUUAUUCAUGUAUUAAGGUCAAUCGACGAUUUAAUCGAUUAGUGCUUGAUUCUUUUUUUCUUCGUGAUCUUAAUAUGACUACUAUUAAUGACAUCAAUUCAUUGUACGAUCAGACGUCUUCAACAGAUCCAAAAGUUCUUUCAAGAAUUUGUGAGAAAAUAUUACCUCGAAUUUAUGAUCACACAUAUAAACUUACCGUCAACGAAUAUUCAGCCAAAUACAUGUUCCUUGCUUCGAAUUAUUCAAAGCUAUAUUCAUUAUCACUUAUCAAUUUUCAGAAAGAAAUACUUCAUCAAUAUUUAACAGAUAAUUUAAUUCUACGUGAUCUUCUAACAAAUCAAAUAACACAUCUUAAUAUUGAUAUAAAAAACACAACAGAAAAUAGAUUCAAAAUUGGUCCAGAAAUUUUUCCAAAAAUCUUAUCUUUAUGUAAAAAUUUAAUUGUUUUGAAUUUUUGUGAUAUGUUUCCUGAACGAAAUUUUGUGGUUUCUCUGACUGAUUUCUCAUGGAAUCAUUGUAUACCUUCAACUUUGAUUAAAUUAAGAAUUAAUCUCUCAACUUUAGCUGAUUGUCUCCAUUUGCUUGAUGGACCUUUUGUUUGUUUAUCAACAUUAAUUAUUACUGUAACAUUUACUUUUCAUACGACAGAAUACAAGAAUCCAACAAAAAAACUUCCAAAAUUGAAAUAUUUUUCGUUAACUGCAUUGAAUCGCGUACAAGAUUAUGAUGAUUUAAUUAUUCCAUUACUUUGUCGAAUGAUAAAUCUUGAAGAACUAAAAUUAUAUUUAUCAGUAGAUAGAUCUUAUUCGAAUUAUAUUGAUGGGAUUCAAUUAUACGAUCAAUUUCUUAUUUAUAUGACACAAUUAAAGAAUUUUACAUUUUAUAUCAAGACAGAGAUCUCCUUUAUGGAUAUUAAAUUUGAACUUCAAUCAAACGAAGAAAUUCAACAUAGUUUUAUUGGAAGAGGAUAUCCACUAGUAGCUUCAUAUGUUAAUUCAAAUCCGUUUGCACUCGAUGGUGCAUGUUAUAUCUAUUCACUUCCAUAUGAUUUCGAAUAUUUUAAAGUCGACAAUUCAUUUCAAGGUGGUACAUUUCACAAAGUUCGACAAUUAACAAUGGUCGAGAGAAUUCCUUUUGAAGACAGACUAUUUCAACUUAUCUCUCAAGAUUUUCCUUUUCUUGAAAUCUUACAUGUUUGUAAUAGUUGGCCACAAGAAGGCAAUCAACAUUCAUUAACAUUAAUCACAUUUCCACAUCUUAAAUUUCUUGAUGUUAAAUAUGCGCAUGCUAAUUAUGUUGCACGAUUUCUUUUGAAAAAAAGUAUGCACUUACCUCGUUUAUCAAAUCUUUCCAUAGAAUAUAAGUUACUCAUGUUAAUAAUAAAUAAUUUUACUAAUGAUCCAACAUAUUUUAAUUUUGAUAAAUUAAAAAGUCUUGAUGUAGGUCAGUCAUUUGUUCGUCCAAAAAACUUUCAUCAGUAUUUUCCUUUGUUAUAA